UAUUGCUUAACACAAUAUUAUUUAAAUAAAAGUUAGAGUACCGAAAUAUGCUAAUUUAGUUACACUUUUUCAAACAUACUGAUACCUAGAUCUAAUAUGAAUCGAUUCUUGAAAAUUUGUAUCGACAAUGUAAAGGUUACAUGCAGGCCCAUAAAUCAAAACGCGACUAAUUAGCGUGACCGAUGACAGGUGCAGCACUAACCGAUCAAUAAACGCAAGUUACACCAUCGCGAUCGCAGAUACUAUAGCGCUAUCUGUACUACACCGUAGUACAGCCACUUCGGGCACUUGUUGAACACCCGACGCAAAUAUUACAAGCUAUUACGAUGAAGAUACAAGAAUUCACGGCCCCAGAGGCCUUCGCUUAUCGCAUCAAACACAACGGCGGCCCGAACAAAUAGCCUCCACUUGGCGCACUGAAACCCCCUCAACACUCAGGUCAAGGGUGUGGGAAACUGUGGGGGUGGCCAGAGGAGCGUCUGACGGCAAAUACAUACAAAUAAAAGUUAUGUCGUACAACGUCUUAGCGCAAGGCCUGUUAGAAAAUCACUCGUAUCUACUUGAACGUUGUGAGCUCGAAUAUCUGCUGUGGGAGAACAGGUCCGAACUGCUCUACGAAGAAAUUAUAGACCAGUCGCCAGAUAUAUUGUGUAUCCAAGAAUUAGAAUCGACAUAUCUGAAUAGUUUUUUUUCAAGAUUUGAAGAAAUCGGAUAUUACGGUCUAUACAAGAAAAAAACUAGCAGAGGCAUCGAUGGCUGUGGGAUUUAUUUUAAAAAAGAUUAUUUUAAAUUGGAAGAUGUUGUUGACGUAGAGUUCUAUCAGCCGAAGGUAUCGAUAUUGAACCGUCACCACGUCGGUAUCAUCGCUAAGCUGUCGUCUUUCAGCAUGCCCGAGAAGCCUUUCGUGGUGGCGAACACGCAUCUUCUACACAACCCCAAGAAAGCACUCGUGCGACUAGCACAGUUGAGGAUAUUCCUUGCUGAGAUCGAUCGAGUCUCUUAUGUAUUUAACGGACGGGAUUCAGGGUACCUCCCUAUCAUAUUAUUAGGAGACUUUAAUUCUUACCCCGACAGUCUCGUCGUGCAGUUACUUAACGAAGGCCAAGUUAAUACACGUCUAGACUUUAAUAACAAUGAGUGGACUGAUAUUGGCAUCACGGAUAACUGUCAGCAUUUGUCGGUGUAUUUAAACAGGAAGGAGGGACGACAUACAAGUUUCAGUGAGGUUCAGAUAUAUAACUCUGUGUACAGCAACCAGUCGCGCAUGUACGAGCCACAAGCCCCAACAAAGCAAUUUCGUCACACGUGGUUCAGCGAAAUGUUCACCAGCGGGAUUCUCUCACAACCAUUUCACUUCCGAUCCGUAUACGAUACAAGGAGAAGAAAAAAUAAUUUCUACACUGAAGCGUCCAAUGGCAAAGAUUAUAUAGUAGUGGAUUACAUUUAUUAUAAUGCGUGUAGCGGCUUGCGGCCCUUGGAACGCCUUCAUCAAUAUACUGAUCAAGAAAUCAAGGAAUUUGGCAAACUGCCGAAUAAUGUGUUUGGGUCCGACCAUAUCUCGCUCGUGGCGGUCUUCGAGCUAAGCUCUAAAAGGCCAUACUAGUUGCUGUCGGUUGGAUACUUUUGUGUUCGUAAGUACCUACUCAACUAUUUUAUACAAUUUACAAAAUUGACUCCAUUUGUACUAACAGUGCAAUUAUUAGGUGUUACCUACUUCAUAAACGUUUUAAAAGUUGAUGUUAUUCGUAAAACUUUUAGAGCUCAAUUUUAAUAUCCUAUUAAAUGCAUGCCUCGGAUAAUUUCAUGAGUGAAAUGAUUGAUUUUUAAAGCAAAAUGAUUUUGUUUUUAUGUUUGAGCGCGACAUUGCAAGCGAUACGGUUAUUACGUCACGAUUUUGAGCGCGCGUGAUUUGAUGUCAGAACAAUGGCUUUUUUUUGUAAAAUGACUGUCGUGAUGGGAAUUCGACGAAACAAUAUAGCUCAAUGAAAAUAAUCGUCCGCAGGAGGUAACAUUUGGAUUUUUUCUGCGACGCCACAUAAUAUUACUUACUGGAUGUUAAAAUUGCGGUUCAUUAAAAGUUGUAGUUUAAUGUUUGUAACUUUUUGAUCUAAAUGUUGAUGAAUUUGACUGUAGUAGUCCGUCGAAUUAAUAAAUAUUUACAUGUCCAUUACGCAUUAUAUUUUAGAAUACAUUUUAUUGAGAUUAUAUCUAUUAUCUAAUUGUUAAUUUACCGAUAGUCUAUACAUUAGUUAUUAAAUUGUUUGUGUUGUGUUUGUUAACAUAUUAUUCUGGCCUAAGUGUUGUAUUAAUUUUAAGAAUUAGGUACCUACAGGUAUUUUCGUCAAUUAUUUUGAAUGAUCGGAGUGUUGCAUGUGGAAUUCACUCGUUAAAGAAAUGAAGCACAAUUUUUUUAGUAGGAGAAAAAGACUUAGCGUAUAUUUAAAAAAGUUGCUGACAUGUAAAGGAGAUAUUUUAAUCUACAGACAAUUUAAUGUAUUUUAUUAUUGUAUACCUACUAUGGUUGUACCUCAGUCCCUUUACAACGAAAACCUACAUACCGAGCUUUCUGAAUGAAAUUAUUUAUAAAGAAAGUAUGAAAUGUACCCAUUGUCAUAUUAUUGUAGGCUUGGAUUUUGUAUCCACCUGAAUAACCUAUUUGCAUUUAUGUGUGAAUGAACCUAUGAACCGACCAAUAUACCGACUGUGGCUGAAAGCUUUAACUUGGUAUUUUCGGGUGCUAGUAUGGCUAGGAAGGGUAUUAGGUACUUAUUACACAUUGUCAUUAGUACGAAAGCAUACGCAGAGCAAAAUAUGUUAUCCCACUGAUUUUCAGACUUUGGACAUAUAAGCCUACUGUCAGUCAUGUUCCUAUCUUUUUAAUUACCAGUUUGUAGAAAGCCGACUUUGAGAGGCUAGUUAUUGUAUUAUCUGCGUCUGCGAGAAGAUAGCCUUUUCCCUACUAUGUUGGGGCCAGCUUCCAGUCUUACCGCGUUUUUACCAUGGGCCACAUGAUGCGCCUUAGUAAGGAGGCUAGUUAGUUAGUUAUUGUUUGUUUAUUAUUUUUUAAUUAUUACAUAGACAGACAUAACUAAUGAUAAUGUGUAAGUAUUACGAAAGCGUGUUGAAAAGACGCGUUUUACGGACUGUCUACGCGGUAAUUUACCGAUUGCGGUGUUGUGCUAGUUGUAAUUCAUAAUUCUAUGUCUAUCUUUUAAUGUAAACAGUCCAUUUAGAAUGGAAUAAACUGUGUAUCGAUGUACUUUAUAAGUGUGAUUAAUAAAUGGUUGUGUGUAUAA